GAGGCGGAAGGGGCUUAUGUUUUAUAAAAGCCAAGAUCAAAACUUGACUGAUCAGAAAGACGGAGAGAAGUUUGCUUAAGUUUGUGUUGAGAGAGACUCCACUCAACAGUUGAAGGACAAAGCUAGAAGAUGAGAUUCAGCCUGGUGUUAGCCGCUCUUCUCUGCUUCACCACAUGGAUGAGCGUGGGCCAUGCACUCAUUGUCCCGGUGGCCAGCUGUUGUCUCCAGUGGUAUGACAUUCUAGAGUCUACAGUUCGAAUAUUCCCACUUAAACUAAUUCUGGAUUACACCAUUCAGUCUAAUGGCGUCUGUCCGAUCAAAGCCGUAGUGUUUAAAACUAUACGUGGAAGGACGAUUUGCUCCAACCCUAACAGUGACCGGGUAAAGAAAGCCAUUCUGAAAGUGGACGAGGAGAAGAAGAAAAAAGAAGCAUUGCAAGAGAAGGGACAGAAUGAAGAAGGAUUAACAAGCGACAUCACACCAACAGUAUCCACUACAGCCGUAGCGUUUCAAACAACACGUGGAGUGGGGAUUUACUCCGACCCUAACAGUGAAGAAAAAGCCAUUCUGAAAGUGGACGAGGAGAAAAAAGAAGUAUUGCAAGAGAAGGGAUGGAAUGAAGAAGGAUUAACAAGCGACAUCACACCAACAGUGUCCACUACAGCCGUAAUGUUUCAAACAACACGUGGAGUGAGGAUUUACUCCGACCCUAACAGUGAAGAAAAAACCAUUCUGAAAGUGGACGAGGAGAAAAAAGGAGCAUUGCAAGAGAAGGGACAGAAUGAAGAAGGAUUAACAAGCGACAUCACACCAACAGUGUCCACCACAUCAAAAAAAACACCACGGAAGAAAGGCAGACGUCGAAGGAGACGCCAGAGGAAGAAGUCCAGGAGAUGGAAGAAGGCGCAGAGAAAACGUCCGUGAGGAAUCACAAGACAAAUCAAAGCUACCACAGUCAGCAAACUUUUCUCUUUCCAUUUGGACUUAUCCUGCUAUAUUACACAAAUAGUAAACAAACCUGAACCAAAAACAGGCUUCUAUAUAUUAUUGAAUCUAUAAUUAAAUUUGCAAUAUAUAAUUAAAAUGUGUUGAUCGUACCUUGUUGUCAUUAAUGUGUUUAUGUCUAUCAAAAGAACAUAAUUUGUACCUUUUCCUGCCAUUUGCCAAUAAAGUCUUCUUGAGCAGA